UCUUUCUUCUCUAUGGGAAAUUCCUGCAGGAAACCCAUUGUUCACGUGUCUUCCUCUAACAUUUCUGGAAAGGCUGAGUUUCAAAGUGGGACGAGUAAGAAUUCAAAUUCUUCAGAACGAAAAGCUGCAUCACAAACUUUAGAACCAACCAGCGACAGAUCCAUCUCUUCCAGUCUUAAAUCCUUCAGCUUCAAUGAUCUAAAAGAAGCCACAAGGAAUUUCAGACAAGAAAACCUAAUUGGGGAAGGAGGCUUUGGGUUUGUGUACAAGGGAUGGAUUAAUGAGAACUCCUUUGCUCCCACAAGACCUGGGGGUGGGAUCAUGGUGGCCAUCAAGAAACUUAAGCCAGAAAGCUUUCAAGGCCACAAGGAAUGGCUUGCAGAAGUCAAUUAUCUAGGUCAACUUCACCAUGAAAAUUUAGUGAAACUUAUUGGCUAUUGCUCAGAUGCUAAAAACAGGCUUCUAGUUUAUGAGUUUAUGCAGAGAGGAAGUUUGGAGAAUCAUUUAUUCAGAAAAGGUGUUCAGCCCAUAUCCUGGGCUUCACGGAUCAAUAUUGCAGUUGGCGUUGCUAGAGGAUUAGCAUUUUUACAUACCUUGGAUGCAAAUGUUAUCUACCGCGACUUAAAGGCUUCUAAUGUAUUACUUGAUUCGGACUUCAACUCAAAACUUUCAGAUUUUGGCUUGGCAAGAGAUGGUCCUACUGGAGAUAACACUCAUGUUUCAACCAGAAUUAUUGGAACUCAGGGUUAUGCUGCACCAGAGUAUGUAGCUACAGGUCACUUGACACCGAGGAGCGAUGUAUACAGCUUUGGUGUUGUCUUGUUAGAGUUACUGACCGGGAGAAGGGUGGUAGAGGCUGACAAAGCCGGAAAGCCACGGGAAAAUCUGGUUGAUUGGGCAAUGCCAUUUCUCAAAGAGGGCAAGCGGAUUUCAAGGAUCAUAGAUUUGAGGUUAGGUGGUCAGUACUCGAAAAAAGGAGCUCAAGCUGCAGCUGCACUUGCAUAUCAAUGCCUAAAUGCAGAUCCAAAAUAUAGACCAACUAUGAUACAUGUUGUAGCCACCUUGGAAGAACUCCAUUCCUCAAACAUAACAAUCCCAAGGACCCCACCAAAGUCUGAGUCUAUAAACAAUACCAUCAAGCAUGCUCGUCAUUCCCUAAAGCCCAAGAGAAACACACGCUGACUAUGAGCUGCUUUUGUGGAUUCUUACAACAGAGUUUAGUUCAGGGCAUGCAUAGUAUAAUAGAGAAUAGGUUACAGAAACGACUUUGUUUCUUGUUUUCUUUGUUGCUAAAGGGAACAAUUGCCAAGUCUGUGUGUGAUGUAAUUGUGGUUGUAUGAGUUUUACUUGUGAAUAAAUAAUGUCUGUAUGAUUUUGUUUCCUAUCCAAGAAAUGUAAUGUGGUUUGUCUUUUUGGGGUAGUAUGUUAUUCUGUGAUCUUAUUAUGCUUAGACUUCUCUAAGUCAUCUCCACAUUGGUAUUAAUGGCUUCAAUGUCAAAUAUAAAGGUAGUUUAGAAA